AUGGCGCUGGCGGCGCAGACAGUGGCGGCGGCGGAAGCGGCGGCGGCGGAAGCGGCUGCGUCAGAGGCGCAAGCGGCCCUGCGGCGUAAAAAGUGGCCGCAGACCGCGGCGUUGCGGGCGCCAAGAGCCAUAGGGGCAGAUGCCUUCAGCUGCACAAGCCGCUUAGGCUCCGAAGGCGUCCAGGGCUCAAGCGGUGGCGGCAGCGGCAUAAGCGGUGGCGAUGGCGGGGAUAGCAGUGGCAGCGGCUUCAGCGGCACAAGCGGCGUCGGUGACAGCGCAGAGGACGUCAGCGGGCGGAACCAGCGACGGCGUCAACGGUGCAAGCGGCCUCUGCGCAGACAACGCGGCGGUGCAGACAGCAGCGGCUUCAGCGGCGUCGGUAGCAGCGACGGUGCACACAGCGGCUUCGGCGUCGCAAGCGGCGGUGCAGAUGGAGUUGGCUUCGACGGAACAAGCGGCAUCAGCGGCGGCGCAGGCAGUGUUGGCUGCGGAAGGGGCGGCCACACAGACGACGGCGUCCGCGGUGCAAGCGGCACUGGCACAGGCUGGACUGCGCAAGCGGCGACCGCUUGGGCGUUCAGGGCUCCAGCAGGGGCGGCGGUGUCUGCGGCGGUAGCAGCGGUGGAGCAAACAGCGGCGUCUGCGCAGACUGCGUUGGCUGCACAAGCGGUGUUGGCAACUCAAGGGGCGGCUGCAGCGCAGAUGGCAGCAACGCAGAUGGCGGCGGUGGAGCGGCGGAGCGGCGGCGGGGGCUGCGCAAGCGGUGGCAGCGGGAGCCAGAGGGACAGCAACUGAGGAAGGGCAGAGGUAGGGCUGAGGACUGUCGCCGAGAAGUGAGGACUUCGUGGACGGCAUUUUCCUUCCAGUGGCGCCACUUUGGCCUUUGGGACGGUGGCGUGCGGGGGUAGAGCCCACCCGUGUCCUUGUGCAAUAAGGAGAGCCCGACCAGGCCAGAAAGACCAGGGAAAC